AUUAAACGUCAUCGAAGAAGAAGGUACCUAAGAAGAAGUUUACGGAAAAUGGCCAGCUUUGGCAGGGUUGCUGGAGUUUUGAGAAACUUUUGGAGGAGACCUUGGUCAUACAGAACGCUUUAUAGUGCCCUGAGACCUGGCAUUUUGGGGUCUGCCGUUGGAAGCGGGCUGGUAUAUUUUCACUUUGAGUCGAGCAAGAGGUUUUUGCCCUUCACCGUCCAUGCCGAGGAGGAAAAGGUGCUUCCAGUAUCCCAGAUGUCUGCCAGACGGAUGCGCUUCAACCAGUUUGCCUCAAUGAUGUACGAUGAGGAGCUCUACAUGACACCAAGGGAUUUCCUCUUCUCAAUCAUGCUGGAGAAUGUUGACCGUAAAUUGCAAAAUAAAGCUCUAACCAAAAAGGAGGUGGAUAAGAUGCUGGAUGCUGCCUCAUGGGCCGAGGCAGGCAACAGUCUGUUCAGAAACUUUGGAGACAAUGGUCUGAUAUCCUACACAGAGUACCUGUUUCUGUUGACUAUUCUGAUCAAGCCACACACAGGAUUUCAUAUAGCUUUCAAAAUGCUUGAUAUUGAUGGCAAUGAGCAUGUGGACAGAAAGGAGUUUCUCAAGCUCAAGAAAAUCAUUGGGAAAAGAAAAGAGAAAGUGCCCAUGGAAGGUGCCACAGACGUGAAACCAGUCAUAGAGGGGGAUGGUGUGAACACUACACUGCAGGCAUUCUUCUUUGGCAGGAAUGGCAAAAACAAGCUUCAGUACAAUGUAUUCUGCAGGUUCAUGGAAGACCUGCAGGCAGAGGUGCAGGAGAUGGAGUUCCUGCAGUUUUCUAAGGGCAUGGACACCAUGCGGCGGGAGGACUUUGCAGAGUGGCUGCUGCACUACACCAACGAGGAAGCCAACGAGGCCUACUGGGAGAACAUGAGGAAGAGGAUCCCCGCUGGCCAGAGCAUCACAUUUGAUGAGUUCAAAGCGUUUUGCCUAUUCACCAACAACCUGGAAGACUUUGCCUUCUCUGUGAAAAUGAUAAGUGAAGCCAACCGACCUAUUGGAAUGGUCCAAUUUAAGCGAGCUGUGAAGAUCGCCACAGGGCACGACCUCUCGGAGAACGUGCUGGACACUGUGUUCAAGAUCUUUGACCUGGACGGCGAUAACUGCCUGAGCCACAAGGAGUUUAUCGGAGUGAUGGAGGACCGAGUACUACGUGGCUUGAAGGUGCAGCCCCAGCGUGGCAUCUUAGAUUAUUGGAAGUGUGUGAAGAGGGAGACACUGAAAGGGGCCCAAGAGGCCCUCCGGGACUCAGGAAGCCCUUUCUGAGGGGUCACGUUGUUGGAUCAAGAAGCUCCUUGCGAGGUUUCACUGGGUGACUCCAAUGUAAAGCAUUGAUGGCUGACCAUCAAGUUGCUCAUUAUCACUUGAUAUUUGUCAAUGGAAUAUUAACAUGGUCCUCAUGAACCAGAUCAAUAAGGGAUGAUACCAAAUUUUAUAUUUUUCAGGCUUCCUUUUUGUUUAUGAAAAUGUUAUUACAAUAUACAUAAUCUAUGGGUGAUUUGUUUACAAUAUUUUUUAUAUUUUCUAAUUAGGCUUGGGCGUUAUACUGGGAUAUUGCCGAAUACCGACGGUAUGAUUUUCAAUACCGUCCUAAGCCACUACUUAUAGCUAGCUAUAAGAAAUCUAAGAUGUCAAAUUAUAUCCAGUGUAGGGCUCCAGCUAUGCAUUUGGUUUGCUAGAGAAGUGGCUAGAUCUCAUGAUCAAGCUUCUUGGUUAUAGCAGAGACAUUCAAUCCCCUCAUGGAUCAAGAUCCCUAGUGCCUAAAUUGUUUUGUCAAUUAAUCUUUUGGGUGCCACUUGUGUGAACAUUUAGCGGUUUGAAAGUCUAGAUACCGCCCAUUUCACCAAGUUGAUGCUUGGUACCAGUCUAUGCAUACAAGGCAUGUGAAAUGUGAGCUCGUUUGACAUUUAUUGAAUGUCUGUCACCUUUUUAUACCCUAUCUCGCUGCUCAAAUACAUUGUUUACAGUUAGAGGUAGUUUACUGUGGUAUCAUUGGAAUUUCAUUGUUUUAAAAUGCUGAAUCAUGGAAAAAGUUGUAUUAAAUAUGUGCCUGUCUUCAAAUGUCUAUGUACAGUUGGGCUGUAAUAUGUUGGCACCCUUUCACAAUUCACUUCUUAAAUAAAUUGUAAUUUAGGACUUGGUGUUCGUUUGAUUUGGAAUUGAUUUUUCAACAUCAAAUGGCCUAGACUAAAUUAUACAAAAUUCUAAUUAAUUUGGUUGGAAUCAGGUUAACGGUGUAAUUUCUCAACAGGGUAAAAAUAGCAUUUGAAACAGUUUUGAACUUUCCUCAUUUGGAAAGUGCAACUGCAUACCUUUCCUAAGAUUAAUUAAAUGUUUGAAAAAUG